UCGAUACACAGAAUGCCACACAGAGAAAAAUCGUGCAGCAGGGGAUACAAACACACACAUACACAAUACACAUAGAGGGAGAAAUAGUAGAGAGAGAAACCGGGUUUGAAAAUGUCGUGGCAAACCUACGUCGACGAUCACCUGAUGUGCGACAUCGACGGUAACCAUCUCACCUCGUCUGCUAUCAUCGGCCUCGACGGUAGCGUCUGGGCUCAGAGCGCUUCUUUCCCUAAGUUCAAGCCUGAAGAGAUGACUGGCAUCAAUAAAGAUUUUGAUGAACCUGGCUUUCUUGCUCCUACCGGGCUACACCUUGGCGGCACAAAGUACAUGGUAAUCCAAGGAGAGGCUGGCGCUGUGAUCCGUGGGAAGAAGGGCGCUGGUGGCAUCACUAUUAAGAAGACUGGCCAAGCUCUUAUCAUCGGUAUCUAUGACGAGCCCAUGACUCCUGGACAGUGUAACAUGGUUGUUGAAAGGAUGGGUGAUUACCUUAUUGAGCAAGGGCUUUAGGUCUUUUUUCAUAUGAUAUCCUGUUUUAAAAUUUUGUGUUCUGGGCUUUGCAUCUUCUGCCUCCUAUGGAUGUGAACUAGUAGUGGUGUUACUGCAUAAUUAGUUUUUUUUUUUUUUUUUUCAAAUAUAUUGAUCUUUUUGGUGUUUUAGGGACUUUAUUAUCGGUCCUAUUGCUUCCAAGUUUUUUUUUUUUUAAAUUUAUUUGUAUCCAUCAUCUCUACUGUUCCGCGACAAUUGAGUCUGGAUUUUUGAUGUUUUGCA